AUGCCACCAUUCUUUGCUCCAAGAAAGCCAAAGCCACCUGUUCGUCUUGAUCCAGAACAACAGGUUGCCAACUCGCACUAUUAUACGGCUUUCAAAGUCAUUCUGAAGAUCACCGUGAUUGCUCUCGUCAUUUGCAUUGCUUUCUUGCCAACAGUAGCACUUCACAAUAAACACAAACAGCAUUCCGACGAACCCGUUGUUAAUGAUCUAGAACAUCCUACCAAGCUCGGUAUCUUGACCGAACUUGACCGUCGAGCUACUCAUGUUCUCUUUCGUUUCGUGAAAUCUGCCAAGCUCCUCCUUGAAGAAUCACGCAAUCGAAACUCGCUGUCUGAUGAGUUGACGAAACCUUCUGCCAGCGAACAGGUCGAACGAUCUGAGCAAGUGGCUGAUGAUACUGCGGACGAUAUUCGAUAUGGUGAUUAUACACUCGGUGAUUCGAUACAUCAAGCCAAAUUCGAAAACGAACCGACGCAGGAAUGUCUUCCGGAGGUGAAAAGAGAAAGUGGCGGAAGGUGUCCCGGACAACCAAUUCUCCCAAUUAGAGAUGAUGAUCGGGUGGUUCUUGAUCAAAGUUGCACCUGGCAAGAACGACGCAAGCAUGGAGGAAAGUGUGAAGCUUGGCGACCCACGCCUCGCUCCUUGAUCGCGAGUGAAGACGCUGCUCCUCUUCCAGCUGAAUCUCGUAACAAUAAGCACUUCAAUCGUCCAAGAAGUACACUGUUGAUGUCAAGAUCAACGCCAAUACCAACACCCGCGCCCACACCCCAGGUCAUCGAAACUUGUUCUUAUGAGAGUGCGAUUAAGAACGGAGGACGGUGUCCCCACGGGUUAGUUAAUGGCCAAAAUCCGACAGACAACAAACCAAUUUCUAUCACGGUCAGAAUAGAAUCUCACGAACCCAAUACAGAACAACAACCACGUGGAGAGACAGCAAAUGAUGAGAUCGAAGACAUCACCGCAGCCUAUCCGGCUGAUUUCUGUCCACCUCCUUGGCAUUACGUGAAUGGCUGGUGCACUUAUUUGUUCAUAGAUGAUAAUAACGGACGUCCUGUUACUCUCACUGUUUCAGAGCCUGGGUCACGAAAUAGACAAUCUCGUGGGGAGGAUAUGACCCAGAAGACCGAAGUUGCUACUACACCAGUUUCUGCUUCAACCUCAACCUCUACCACUAUCCAUAGUUCUUUGUCCACGGGUAGAGCAUGUGAACCCCCUUGGAUCCGCACUAAGAAUGGCCGAUGCAUAUAUGCUCCCAAGUAUCAGAGUAAUCAUCACAAGGAUACCGUGUCCCGACCACGGAGGUCAAGACGACAACGACGUGGUGCAUUUGUGAGCGAGGAGCGUGAGGUCGAUCCUAGUUGGGAAGAUGACUCGUGUGAGCCGCCUUUGAUUCUCAUCUCUAUCAACUGGUGUAUUUAUCUACCGGGAUAUGAGCAUGGAACAGACGAUUAUGUGUCUGGAACUCUUAAUGCCACAGCACAACCAAUGGCUACAGCACGACCAAUUAUCACAAAACAGCCAACUGUCACAGAACAACCAACUGCCACAGCACAACCAUCUGCUACAGCACAACCGACCGUCACAGAAGAACCAACCGUCAUAGUAAUCGCGCACUGCGUAAACGACGCCGAAGGGCAUCUUCACUGUGUCAAAGUUUCGAAGAAAGUCCGACAAAUUUCUUCAGUUCAUCAUCGUCGAGGUUUCUGGCCCGACGAUUGGAUACCACAAAUUGAAGCAGACUGUGACCCAUUUAUCGGAACAUAUGCGCACUAUCAAUGCAUGCAAUUGAUCAAACACAAAAACAUUGGUCUCAAAAUGAUCAUGGUGUUCCUCAUUCUCGCCGGCUUCGGCUCUCUCAUCUUCCUCGUCAUUACUUGUGCGAAUCGAGCUUCACGUCCUAAAGCCCAACCUUUUAGACAGGUGUGUGGAGUAAUCAAUGCAAAUGGCAUGACUCAACAUGGCUCGCCCAUGUGUGCAAAUUACCCGUGGAUUAAUCAUGGAAAUGCGAAAGCGCACGGGAUUGGUAAUGGGAAUGGGAAUGCGAAUGGAAGCCCAAUGAAUGGAGAGCGAUGGGCUCGAGGACCUCCGGCUUACGAUCCCAUGAGACAGCACACGGAAGACCAUUCUGGUAGUCUGGUGGCUUGUUCGCGAGACUUCAAUUGUGGAAGUGGUUCUACUUCUCGUGGGACGGAUAAUUGGAUUCGCAAAUUGUGCAAUAAAUGUUUUGGGAAUCGAAGUUCUUCGCCCUUGGACCCGGUGUAUUCUGCGGGGAUGAUGCGACAAGGUCCUAGGAUCGAUACGUUGAGAUUGCCGAAUGCGAAUUUGGCGACGGUGAGGAGGGCGAGUGGUCUGGUUCCGAGUGAGGUGAAUGGGAGGGUUAGUGGGAGUGGGAGUCUGAGUGUGAGGGGGAGUGUGAGUGUGAGGGGGGAGAGCGCGGAGAGUGCGGAGAGUGCAGAGACGGCCGAGACGGUGGUGCUGGGGAGUGAGUAUGGUCGUGGUGUGGGUGUGGGUAUGGGUAGGGGUGCUGGCGUGGUUAGAAAUUCGGGCUCGGGUGUGAGGGGUUUGGCGUUGGGUUCGGGCUCGGGUAGUGGUAAUGGUCGUGGUCGUGGUCAUGGUAAUGGGUUGUCUGGGGUCACUUUGACGCACCAUGGUAAUCUUAGUGGCGAUACGGUUGUGGAGCCAGAAGCUGCGAUGAUGAAGUCGGGACAUUUGAAAAAGGUGGAGUUUGUGGGGUUAACGGGAUUAGAGGAGGUGGAGAUUGGAAGUUGGAGGUUUGAGAUGGAGGGAAGGGAAAGGAAAGGAGAAUUUGGAGAUUGA